CACUCCUCAUCUUCUUCUUCCCCCUCUUUCCCCUUGUAUUGUGUUUCUUGUAACGGAUUCGGAACGAGGAGCCCGACCCGGAUCCAACUCGGCCGUUUUGCCAACCACAUCGGUUGCUUGUGUGUUCUUUAUGGGGCGUUCGGUGACUGAGCUGCAUGGUGCAAUGUCAUGCAUGCGGCAAAUGACCCGGGAUCUUGUGGCAGCAUGCAAGUUUCAGAGUAUUAACAAACCAUGCCCUAUUAUGUAUUGUCAGAAGUGUCUCUUGAACAGAUAUUGCGAGACGGCUGAAGAAGUAGCUAGUUUGGAGCAAUGGACUUGCCCCGAAUGCAGGGGCAGCUUUGGCAUGAAAAAGGAGGUGACAAACCCGCUGGUAUUCUCACCAAUGAAGCAAAAGCUAGAAGAUUUUCCUCUGUAUCUGAAAUGCUACUUAGAACGACACCCUGCAACCAAAUUUGCUGCAAAGAAAGGGUAUUUAUAUAUCCAAAAGGGUAAACUCAUUUAUAAAUCACACAUACGGAGACCCUGAAACCCUAGCCAUACGAAGUAUCCGGCGGCGCCGCGCAUCCUUCAUUGACCUUCCGUCAGCAACCCUCGUGUUCUCUGUUGAUUGGCUUUGGCUUCUCUGAGAUCAACACUCCGCAUUCCUUCCAGGCACCCCAGUAGCAGAAAUGGAAUCAGUUAUAUUCUUUUUAUUAUAUGAAAUAGGUUUUGGAAUUUGGAUGAUGUUUUGUAGAAACUAAGAAUUCAGAUGCUGUAAGAACCGAGCCAUUAGUGGUUGGAUCUGGUGGCCAUGUGUACUGGAAAUCAAACUGUUUGCGUUUUUUCCGGAACCAAGACAUAUAAGCAUAAUGCGGAUGCAUUAUAAAUGAAUGGCUGCAUUACUUACUUUAAUUGUCAUGCUAGUUUAUUAUUAACGCAAUAUUAUUUCAUGUGUGUGGAGAGUAUCAUUCCUUGAAAUGUUAGCAGUGUUUUCAUAGAGCAGUAAGACAGAAAACGCAUCAGCACUGUGUCUUGACGGCCCUGGUUGAUGUCAACAUACGUAGAGAUUGCUGUUAGCAGACCGAGUCAGGACAGCAACGAGAGGCAGCCAGUAUUCGACGUGCCCUAUGUCUAUCGAUACCAGAGGAUACAGGCCCAACUGCCCCAUGAUCUAGGGAAUCUUGUACAGGUACCGGAACAGGAAUGAUCUCAUGAUUAUGUACGUCUGCCAUGGGAUGUUUCGUGAAGCAUGGCAGUGGUGGCGAGGUCGCGCAGCUUCUGAAGCAAUGUAUAGCAAUGUUCAUAAUUGAGUAGUUCGUUAAAAAAACUCUAUAUUAUAUUCAAAACUCAAUUUAAGCUCCUUCAAACUUUUAUUUCAUUAUAUAAC